UGGCCGCCCCGCCCGUGGGGGAGGGGAACAGAGGCCGUGUCGGCGGAGGCAGAAGCGACGCAGAUGCGAAAGUAGCGGCCUCCGGGCACCAUUUCUGCGCACGGAAACGGAAUCCGGGUUCGAAGGCGUCCGCCGCUCCGCUUAUCCAGUGCCUGGUGUUCCGGCGUCUUUGGCCGCCCCCACCCCUCGCCCAGGGUCUGUCCUGGGCGUGUUCGGACCCCGGGGCUGUAAUGUGCUCCUGUUUCGUUCCCGUUUUGUGCAGCCCAUCCCUUAUAGAGCCAGGAAGAGUAAAGAUGUUUGAGUGCUUUGGCGAACGGGGUUCAAUGCUCCAUUCCUGGUUCUAGUCCUCCAAACGUUAGCAUUGCAAGUACCUGGAUCUAGAAAACCAUUAACUGCAGUUAAGGGGAGCCCUGUGUGCUAGAGUGUAAGAUGAUGGCAAUUCCUUGUCCAGCUCCAUAUUUGGCAGCUAAUAUAGCCUUAGGCAUGUGAACAAAGUUUCUAAGUAAACAUUUGGCUCUGUUAGUAUCCAGUGGUCGUUUUUUAUAUCCAAGAUUGCUGGUCUUGAAAAACUGAAGAAGCCUGAGAAAAGAAGAGGCUUAAUCCAUAACUUCCUUUUGUUAUUUACCUACCACUGUGAUUCUUAGAUCUUGUCUGUGAAGCUUUCAUCGUAUGGGUCUGCUGCACUGCUCUAAAAAGACUGUACCUGAUGUAAUGAGAUGCUUAACCUAAUGGAAAGAUUGGAAGAUUGGAAAGACAUAAUGCCAGAUGGAAAAAAUGAUUGUCUUUGAGAACUGAGCAUUUGACAUUGUGCAGCAAAGAAAUGGUUAUGGAGAAGCCAAGUCCGCUGCUUGUAGGGCGGGAGUUUGUGAGGCAAUAUUAUACUUUGCUGAAUAAAGCUCCAGAAUACUUACACAGGUUUUAUGGCAGGAAUUCUUCCUAUGUUCAUGGUGGAGUAGAUGCUAGUGGAAAGCCCCAGGAAGCUGUUUAUGGCCAAAAUGAUAUACACCACAAAGUGUUAUCUCUGAACUUCAGUGAAUGUCAUACUAAAAUUCGUCAUGUGGAUGCUCAUGCAACCUUGAGUGAUGGAGUAGUUGUCCAGGUCAUGGGUUUGCUGUCUAACAGUGGACAGCCAGAGAGGAAGUUUAUGCAAACCUUUGUUCUGGCUCCUGAAGGAUCUGUUCCAAAUAAGUUUUAUGUUCACAAUGAUAUGUUUCGUUACGAAGAUGAAGUAUUUGGUGAUUCUGAACCAGAACUCGAUGAAGGUGAGGUUAACUUUGAAGCUCGAAGAGCUCUGUCGAAAUCGUUAGGCCUCUUAAAAGAUAUGAUGUAUUAUGUAUUGCCAGAAUCAGAAGAUGAGGUAGAAGAAGAACAAGAAGAAAGGCAACCAUCUCCUGAACCUGUGCAAGAAAAUGCUAACAGUGGUUACUAUGAAGCCCACCCUGUGACUAAUGGCAUAGAGGAGCCUUUGGAAGAGUCCUCUCAUGAACCUGAACCAGAGCCAGAAUCUGAAACAAAACCUGAAGAGAUGAAACCACAGGUUGAGGAGAAGAACUUAGACGAAUUAGAGGAGAAGUCUGCUACUCCUCCUCCUGCAGAACCUGUUUCUCUGCCACAAGAACCACCAAAGGCUUUCUCCUGGGCUUCAGUGACCAGUAAAAACCUGCCUCCUAGUGGUACUGUUUCUUCCUCUGGAAUUCCACCCCAUGUUAAAGCACCAGUCUCACAGCCAAGAGUUGAAGCUAAACCAGAAGUUCAGUCUCAGCCACCUCGUGUGCGUGAACAACGGCCUAGAGAACGACCUGGUUUCCCUCCUAGAGGACCAAGACCAGGCAGAGGAGAUAUGGAACAGAAUGACUCUGACAACCGUAGGAUAAUUCGUUAUCCGGACAGUCAUCAACUUUUUGUUGGUAACUUGCCACAUGAUAUUGAUGAAAAUGAACUGAAAGAAUUCUUCAUGAGUUUUGGAAACGUUGUGGAACUUCGCAUCAAUACCAAGGGUGUUGGGGGAAAGCUUCCAAAUUUUGGUUUUGUGGUUUUUGAUGACUCUGAACCAGUUCAGAGAAUCUUAAUUGCAAAACCAAUUAUGUUUCGAGGGGAAGUACGUUUAAAUGUGGAAGAGAAAAAAACAAGAGCUGCAAGGGAGCGAGAAACCAGAGGUGGUGGUGAUGACCGCAGGGAUAUUAGGCGCAACGAUCGGGGUCCUGGUGGUCCACGUGGAAUAGUGGGUGGUGGAAUGAUGCGUGAUCGUGAUGGAAGAGGGCCUCCUCCAAGAGGUGGCAUGGCACAGAAACUGGGCUCUGGAAGAGGAACCGGGCAAAUGGAAGGCCGCUUCACAGGACAACGUCGCUGAAGCUCCACUGUUGGCAGAGUCUUGGCAGUGGUACAUUAUUCAUCGUGUUUGCAUUCUUGUUAAUUUUUUUUGGCUUUGGAAUGUGACACAGCCUUUUUGAUCAUUUCUUUGAUGUGAAAAGCAUCUUUUGGUUAUCAGUUAAAUUGAGGUGGACAUUAUUUCCCCAAUUUCACAACAGGAUUCACAUUGUUAACUUGUAAAUCUAGACUUGGAGAAUUAAGGACUGAGAAAUGAGCAUAUCUUAAACUAUCUACAACAAAAUGAACUUAAAAGGACAUUCCCACCGAAUUCAGGUCCUUUGAAUCAAAAAAAAACAUGUUCUGCUGCACAUUUUGUUUAAGUGUUACUGUUUCUACCUGUUAAUGUUGGAAACACAAAUAGUGCAAUUUGUGCAAUUGGAGAAUCUUGCCUUUUUUCUUGGCUCCCCCCAAAAAUACAAACCAACAGAAACUUGUUGUGCACUCAUCAGAAUGCACUAAUGGGGUACUCUGAACUCAUUAACAUUGACAUCUGCAACAGGAGGCAACAGGGGGAAAAAAAUCUUUCAUCAUCUUUUCCAGUAGAGAAUAGUUUGUGAAAUGAUGAGGGCAUUUUAUCUGCUUGCUGUGACCAGCGUGUGUACACAUAAACCUUAACGAGACUACAAUUAUAUUCCAGAAGGAAAUCAUUUUAGUUAUGAACUAAAUAACAAAAAUCAGAACUUCAAAUGCUAUGGUCUUGAAUAUUAGACCAGAUUUAGUAGCUCCAUAUCUAAGAUUUUUGUACCUGCCCCUCUUCAGUACAGGGAUGGCUGGCUGCUCAACACACUCCUCCUCCCCUCUUUCCUUUCUUUAAGCUGUGUACAGUGAAAAUUGUCUUUACUGUAAUUUUGUUCUCUAGUAAUGUAAUAAGCAUGAUGGUGCCUUCUAUUAAUACAUCAUUCCAGUUUUGCUGGUAAUUUUGUACAGUAUAGUGUAUGAAUUGCUGUGCUGCAAAGCCAAACAGCUGCAAAAUGUUGAAAAAUCAUUGAAGUAUAUAAAAAUUGCAGUAUCUUUAAAAUCAGUAAAAUGGACUAGCAUAUUAUUUAUCUUGUUCUUCGGUUAACAACUUUGUGUUCUUUGUGGGAGGGAGGGAGUCUUGUGUGUUUGGGAGGGAGAGGGAAGGAGGAAGUCAGUUAUUUGAGUAAGUCUCUAGUUGACUUUUCUCCUAGCUUGAAUGUGAACCUUGAACAGGUAUCACUUCAGGGCUUGGCAAAGUCAAUCAACUUGAUGUACAUUUUUAGUGACAUUUUAAAAGCAGUCAGAUUCCAUAAAUGGGAAGUAAACCUGAAGUGAGGAUACUGCAAUUUUCAGAGAAAGGAACAGCAGCUCUUAAGUGUUUGCAUUUUCUAUUUGGGGGGCAGGGAACUGUCAUUCAUUUUGCACAAUUCUUGAACUGAUGUCAGCACCCUAGUGGCUCCUGAAUUUAAGUCUGGGACAACAUCUUUAUUUUUUACAUGAAUCUUUAAACAGUUCUGUGAGCAAAGUUUGUAGCUGCUGGAUUAUUGUCUGUCUUUAUAGCAAGUUCCAGUAAACCGCAAGUAUGGCAAAACUUAUCCAAUUUUAUGCUUGGAGCAGUCGGUACAUACCAGUUUCUGAUGUUUCAGGCAAGAAGUGGGGUAAAUAAGUGUGACCACUUAAAGCUGCUUGUUAGCAUGGAAGACUUCUCCAUUCUAUCUUAGUAUAAACAAACAAAAUAUGCACUUGACAUAGUAGCAGAUUGGUUCUGAAUUAUGCAACGGUUUGCAAUUUAGUAAGCUAGCAAAUGAUGCACAUUUUGUUUUUCAUGUAUUGGGCAAUAUAAGUAAAAUUAAAUCUUUCUCCCCCCCAUGAAUGAGGUCUUCCAUGUUUGAAGAAAAGUCUUGCACUAUUGCAUAUAUUUGGGGGACAUAGAUUUUCAUAGUUUCCAUUUUAGGGGGGCUUAAGGAUUUUUGUUUGUUUGUUUCAAACAGUUUUAUACUUUCUGAUGUAUAGUACUUGAAAUUCUUACCGGAAAAUUACUUUGGAGUUUUGAAGCCUUUAUUCAGACUACUUUUAAAUAAGUGGUUUUUAUUGUCAGUGUUUAUUUUCCCCAAGUGUAUUUUUUCUCUAUUCUUCUGUUUCUUUGUUUCUCUUUUUAUAUAUAUGUAUAAAAUCCAUAUAUAUAAUUUCCAAUCCAGGAUAUUGCCCUGCCACCCAUGGAAACUAUUCUGGCACCAAAAGUAAUGACAAAUGUUAAGUGUAAUAGAAAAGUAGAGCAAAGAGCCAUUCAGCUUCAGUCUUUACAUACCAUGAAUAAAACGUUAAAAACAUCACGUGGAGAAGUUUACAUGGUGAUUGUUCACCUGCAGUACUGUGGACUUUUAACUUUUUGUCCCCUUUUCAGUGAAACAGUAAAAAUAUUCAUCUAUCAUUGCUGUUAUUUGCUGAUUUUAUUUUAUUUUGAUGGUAAUAUUCUAUCCUUAUGAUACUAUUACAACCAAAUUGGCUUUACCACCUUGGCUUUAGUAGGUAUAGAAGACAAUGGAUUACCAUCUUUAUUGCUGUAAUGUGUUAAGCAUUAUAUGCUAGUAGAAUCUAGUUUAAUUGUUUCAGGUGGAAAGUAUUCUUUGAGUUUCCAUUUUGAAUGUGUUUGGACUAAACAAACAAUAAACUACUGAUGUCUGCAGCAUUUA